CCCAGGGCUGCGCCUUGCCCCACUCGAGGCAGGGGCGAAGGAACCUGCCGGAGCUGUUGCUUUUGCGCGCGCGCGCGUACACGCCGGCUUCUCUUUCCCCUCGUCCCGCCGGCAAACACCGCGGGCAGGUUGAAAGACGCUCUUCCAGCCCCCCCCUCUCACCGCCACCGCCACCCCCUCACCGCGCCGGACGACCUCCCUCCCUCCCUCACUGGUUUUCCCUCAAAACCCACCCAACCCCGCCCCACCCGCGGCCGUGGCAGCGACGAGGCUGGGCUGCGCUCGCUUCGGAUUCGGACGGGCGGCUUGAGGAGCGAGCCAGUUCUCCUCCGGCACCAUCACCUCCCCUUCAAGGCAAGCGGGGGGGAGGCAUGGCGGGUUCUCCGCGCGCGCUGCUCCGGUGGUGGUUUUGCCUCUGGUUGAGCUGCUGCAGCCUGGUGGCCGAAGGGUCCGGCGAGCGCCCGGGCGGGUUCGCCAAAGGGAGCGUAAGAGGAGGGCACAGGAGCCGGACGUCCGAAACUGAGGCGGCGGAGGAGCUUUCCCCGACGGUGGUCUCCUCCUCCGCCUCCGGAGACAAAGUGUCGGAACACAUGCUGCGCCUUUACGUCCGCUACAGCGGCCGGAGUCGGGAUUCGGAAGCGGCCGGAACGUCCCGGCUGUUUCACCUCCGAGAAGGCAACACGGUGCGAAGCUUCCGAGCGCUGCCGGCAGGGAUCCUUGGCAACAAAGAGGUGUAUGUUUUUAAUCUCACCUCCCUCACGAAGUCUGAAAAUAUCUUGUCGGCGCUGCUGCAUUACUACGUCGGAGAUCUCCAAAACGGCAGCACCAACUGCCCUCAACCCAACAGCUGUUCUCCUCUGGGCCUCAGAAAAUCGGACCUGCAGAUCAAGCUUUUGCUGUUGAGCUCCUUAUCACCAGCAAACCAGUCACGAACCCUGGGACGUUACUUGGUCAACAUCUCUACUGCUUUGCAGGUUGACCAUUUGUGGCAAUGCAAAAACAUUACUCAGGACUUGAGGCGAGCAAAGGAGCACAACCAUCUUAUGAUCGGGGUCCAGAUGGCCUCCCUUGGCCAACCUCCGUGGAAGAGCCUGCAUCUCAGCUAUGAGCCAUACAUCCUGGUCUACGCCAACGACUCCGCCAUUUCAGAACCGGAGAGUGUGGUUUCUAGCUUGCAAGGUCAUUGGAAUCCACCGCCUGGGACUUUCCCCAAAUUGGAUAGCCGGUCAAUCAACGACCUCAGUGGACAGCGGCCCAAACGUUCCACCAGCUUUCUACUGCCUUUGCAGAACAACGAGCUCCCGGGAGCCGAAUAUCAGUACAGCGAGGACGAAAGAUGGGAGGAGAGGAAGCACUACAAAACCCUGCAGCCGCGGCUGGCAGAAAGGUCAAAGGGCAAGAAGAAGCCCAGAAAACACAGCCAUCAGAAGAGCCAGACGCUUCAGUUUGACGAGCAGACCCUGAAAAAGGCGAGGCGGAAGCAGUGGAAUGAACCGAGGUCUUGCUCAAGGCGCUAUCUCAAAGUAGAUUUCGCGGAUAUAGGCUGGAGCGAAUGGAUCAUUUCUCCUAAAGCUUUUGAUGCUUACUAUUGCUCAGGUGAAUGCCAGUUCCCUAUUCCAAAGGCCCUGAAGCCCUCCAACCACGCGACCAUUCAGAGCAUCGUGAGGGCCGUAGGGGUAGUCUCUGGCAUCCCGGAGCCUUGCUGUGUUCCAGACAAGAUGACAUCUCUCAGCAUUUUAUUCUUCGACGAAAACAAAAACGUGGUCCUCAAAGUGUAUCCAAAUAUGACAGUGGAAUCCUGUGCCUGCAGAUAACCUUCCUACUUUCCACAGCGACUUUUGUUGCUUCAUAAACCUCUCCUCUUUCCAUUUACCAAAGCAUAUUGUUGUCCAGUUUUACGAACGGAUGAGUAAGCAAGAGCUGAGAAGGAACAUGGAAUAAGUUUCCCCAACGGUAAUUUUCCUACUGUGAGGAUAGGGAAGGAAGUUCAGAAAGCUCACCACAGGGGCAAAUAACACGGGGAGGUCUCAGUGGUGGUGGGGAAGAUAAGAAAAUGAAAACUGGAAAGAGUUCCCUCAGGAACUGAAGAUUAGCAGGAAAACACAAUAUGUUGUUUUAUGCUAUGUUUGAAGACUGUUCACCCAAGCUGCUGGUUUUCCCCAAUCCAUUCUUCCAGAAUGUAAUGGUGAAGGAGAUUUUAAUAUACGUAUUGUGCUUUUAAAGCUAAGCUUUCUACUUUAGGUUAUAAGAAGACUCGAAAUAUACCAUAUGCGAGUAAGAUCCUACUUCCCAUAUUUCAAAGAUUCAAAUAGUCUUUUUUUUAAAAAAAAUAAAUCUUAAUUCGUUGGUUUUCCUGGCAUAACACGCCAGUCGUGUUUUGCUCUACCCCUCACAAAAAAGCAAAGGCUUUCAUUCUUAAAAUAACAGGAACUUUUUAUCUGAAAGCAGAAAUACGUUUCUGGUGCUUAUUUAGUAAAAAGAUUGGGUUACCUUACACCUCUGUUUGUUAUAAAAUCUUGAUCUCUUGAUCUUGGUACUUUACACCAGAAAGAAGUGAUAAAGGUGGGGUAGAGUUUCAAAUUUAAGUUUGCCAGUCAAUUAUGGUAGCCUAUAAUUGUAAUAACCAUUUCACAAUGGGAAUUGUGUAGCACGCUUACACAUUUUCAGGAUAUUAUGGGCAGGGAAUCAAGAUGGCAGCCAUGGCCAUAGGAUUGAAGCUGCCAUUUUGACUUUUUAUUACCCUGCCAUAGAGAACCUGAUAUAAUAGUCACUCUGUGAGGGAGACUGAUGGUUUGUAAAUGUGAUAUAUAUAUAAAUAAAACAAUUGUCCACUCAA